AUGCCCAAGACUAGCGUUCACGAGCGCCUGGAGAAGCUGGGCCAGCACAUUGCCGAGAUGUUGCCUCGCUACGUACAAGUGGCUCAGGUGACUGCGCAUGAUGAGCUGGAGCUGCUCAUUGCUCCCAGCGGUGUCAAGCCCGUCCUGACCUUUCUCCGUGACCACACGGCCUGCCAGUUUAAAAACCUGAGCGACCUUUGUGCCGUCGAUGUUCCCCGCCGCGAGAAACGCUUCGAGGUCGUAUACAACCUCCUGUCUGUUCACCUGAACGAGCGUAUCCGCGUACGCACUUAUUGUGACGAGUUGACUCCUGUCGACUCUAUUGUUGACAUUCACAUGGCUGCGGAUUGGUAUGAGCGUGAGGCUUGGGACAUGUAUGGCGUCUACUUUUUGGGUCACCCCGAUCUUCGCCGUAUCUUGACCGACUACGGCUUUGAGGGCCACCCGCUGCGCAAGGACUUCCCCCUCUCUGGUUUUGUUGAAGUUCGCUACGACGAGGAUGUCAAGCGUGUGGUCUGCGAACCCCUCGAGCUGGCCCAGGAGUUCCGCAAGUUUGAGCUGCAGAGCCCGUGGCAACAGAUCCCAGCUUCGGCAGGCACUGUCACUCCUUCUCAGGUCUAG